AUGUCGUCCAAAGCCGACCGACUGGCCCAACGGCUAGCCGACCAUGGUCGCCAUCUGUUUGUCUACCACCAAAUAUGGACCAACCAGGUCGUUUACUCGCUCGAGCGCUCCAUGAACAACAACCAAGUCCUCAAGCAGCUUACUUUUGCUGGAAAGAAGUCCCUCCCCUCCGCCUUGCGCAAGGAUAUGUGGCGUCCUCUGCUCACUGCCACCUUCCCCUCGCCCUCACAAGGUCUGGCCGCCUUCCGUAAACUGCGCGAACUCCGAAUGCUGCACGAACACAACUGGGAACACCCCAACCCCGAUGCUCGCAAGAUGCCCGAAAAGAAUAUGCGCGGACACCUCAUCAUGGAUCAAAAGGCCAACUCGAUCGCCGACAUUGCUUGGGUAUUGCGCCACCAAGAAGAGCUGGGUGUGAAGAUGGCACAGAAGCACGAGGACAACCAAAAUCGCAUUCGCGAAGAGCUGCUGGCUUUGGCAAAGGAGGCUGAGGAUGGUGGUGUGCCCUUGCUCGAGCAAUCCAUCAAGGAUCAGGAGGCUACCAUCAACAAGAUGAAGCAAAUGCAACAAGAGGGUGGUCCUAAUGCUCCAUCGCGUAAGCAGAUCGGUGAGAGCUUGGUUGCCCUCAAGGGCAUGCGUCUUAGAUACGAGAAGAUGCAGGCCGCAACCCGCGCAAUCGAAUCAGCAAAGGAAAAGGCUAUGGUGCAAGCUGAGGCUCAAGACGCUCGCGGUAGCGCUCCCGACUCCAUCUCCCUGGUUAUUGAGCCUCCAAGGAUCUUCUCCCAACCUCCUCCUGAGCUCGGUCCCAAGUCAAAAGGACGCAACUCUGGUCUGCAGGGACCUCUAUACACCACCGAAGGAGUAGUUAUCCGAUGGACCAACCCUCUGGAUGCUGAAUUCGCUGCUGAGUGGCCCGCUGCCGUCCAGCACGAUUACGCUGGUUUGGCCCGCCACACCGCUCCCCCUAUCGAUCAAGAGCCUGCCAUUUCUGUUGAGGAAUUGAUCCAGCGCAACACUAGCCAAAAAUACACAGCAAUGCGCGCGGCUCGCCCCCGCCAGAUCGAGGAGAUUGGCGAGGACGUCCAAGAGAUCGAUGAUGCCGAGUAUGAGCGUUUGACUGGCAAAUCCGCCGCUAGCCUUGGUCCCGCUCGCCAAUAG